AGAGAGAGGUGGUCAGACUCAGAACAACACACACUUAUCUUGUUUUUGGUAUUUUGUUAUUUUGGAUUUGAAGGAGGAGCCUGGGGUGUGGGGUCCGGGUCCGGGUCCGUGAGUGAUGAGCGACUCCAAAUUACUAUUUCCUUUUUCCCUCUGAACUCUCUCUCUCUUUCUCUCUCUGCGGAUUUCAAUUUCCUCAGCAAUAAAACCUUUUCCUUUUCCUGUGAAGCAAUAAAAGCAAGUUUCUGGAUCUCCGUUUUAGCUCUGGAAUUCGGCAAAAAAUGGCGAAGCGUGGAUAUAAGCUACAGGAAUUUGUGGCUCAUUCCACCACUGCCACUGUGAACUGCGUCAAUAUUGGGAAGAAGGCUUGUCGUCUGUUUGUAACCGGUGGUGAUGACCAUAAAGUUAAUCUUUGGAGCAUUGGGAAACCCAAUUCUUUAAUGACCUUGUGUGGACAUACAACUCCAGUUGAAUGUGUAGCUUUUGAUGAAGUUUUGGUGCUGGCUGGAGCUUCUAAUGGUGUUAUAAAGCUAUGGGAUUUGGAGGAAGUAAAGAUGGUUCGAACUCUUAGCGGACACAGAUCCAAUAACUGUAGUGCUGUUGAAUUUCAUCCAUUUGGAGAGUUGUUUGCAUCUGGUUCAGUGGAUACUAAUCUAAAGAUAUGGGAUAUUAGAAAGAAAGGAUGCAUUCACACAUACAAAGGACACACUCGAGGCAUUACUACUAUCAAAUUCACUCCUGACGGUCGUUGGGUAGUUUCUGGCGGAUUCGAUAACGUUGUCAAGGUUUGGGAUCUAACUGCUGGAAAGCUCUUGCACGAUUUUAAAUUCCAUCAAGGUCACAUUCGGUCCCUAGAUUUCCAUCCCCUCGAGUUUCUCCUGGCCACAGGUUCAGCAGACAGAACAGUGAAAUUCUGGGAUUUGGAAACUUUUGAACUAAUUGGAUCUACUAGACCUGAGUCUACAGGAGUACGGGCAAUCACCUUUCAUCCCGAUGGAAGGACCCUACUUUCUGGGUUGGAAGAUAGUUUGAAGGUUUACUCAUGGGAGCCUGUAAUUUGUCAUGAUGCUGUUGAUAUGGGAUGGUCAACACUUGGUGACCAAUGCAUUAAUGACGGAAAACUUCUGGCUUGCUCAUACUUUCGCAAUUCUGUUGGAGUUUGGGUAGCAGAUAUAUCGCUUAUUGAGCCAUAUGGGUCUACUUCAAGACCUGAGCAAAAUGACAAUACAGAGCAGAAAAUUAAUCUUAAUUUCCAGGGAAGUCAUUCUUUAGAGAAAGGAGGAACUGGUCUCAGGUCAACUUCAGGCUUGCGGUGCGUGUCUCCAGAUUAUGAUACAAAAGAGAUAAAGAACAUAUACGUGGAUUCUACUGGUGGAAAUCCUGUUGCUUCACAGAGAGCUGAGUCCUUCAAUUCUCCAAAAGUGGCACCCCCAUCGGAUUCAAAGGAUAUGAGUUGUCUGCCAUCUCAGAAGCAGAGUCCUUCAGUAGGUUUGAAUGCAAGAUCUUAUGAAAAAGUGCUUGAUAAAUCCUUUGUUGUUCCUAGCAUUGUACCUAGGGACGGUGCUGAUGGAGGAGAUGGGGCAAAUUCUGGAAAGGAAUCCAUCAGCUUUUCAAGGACAAAACGUGGAAUGUUGCUCAGACCAGCUCAUGUUCAGAGGCCAUCAAAUAGUAAAAUUGAGGUCGAGAGGCUGCCAGAAGUUGUUGAAUCUGGAACUUUGAGCAAUGUGACGUGUGCAAUAGAUUCAAACUUCCAAUCCAAACAUGGAUCUGAAGAUGGAUCUAGAGAAUCCUGUGAGGAUAAACAUUCUAAUAUCAAGAUUGUUACUGAAAAGCUUGACAAAAUUUUGUCACCACGAACACCGUCUAAUCAGGAAAGCUGUGAUGAAUCCCUUAAUUGCAGCAAAGGGAUAAGCCCUGUUAAAAUGGUCAAUGGAGUUGCAGUUGUACAAGGAAGGACCCGCUCUCUGGUUGAGAGGUUUGAAAAAAGAGAAAGAUUUAAUAGUAUUGAAGAUCAAGCAUCUACUAUGGCUCGUGUGAUGCCUGAAGCAGAUAGAACUCCCACUUUGGUGAAAGGAGAACCUCAAACUUCUGGAAGGGACUCACCAUCUUCAAAUGAUAAGGAUGUUACCGAAGAUCUCAUGCAAACUCAUGAACUAUUCCUAAGUACCCUUCGCUCUCGCCUAACAAAAUUACAGGUGGUGCGACAUUUUUGGGAGUGCAAUGAUAUUAAAGGUGCUAUUAGUGCACUGAUGAAGCUUCCAGAUCUUUCUGUGCAAGCUGAUGUGAUCAGUGUUCUCAUGGAAAAAAUGGAGAUUCUCACCUUAGAUCUGUUUUCUUGCUUGCUUCCUGUGCUUUUGGGCUUGCUGGAUAGCAAGGUAGAAAGGCAUGCAAGUUUAUCAUUGGAGAUGCUAUUGAAGCUUGUUGCAGUCUUUGGACCAGUAAUAUGCUCAACCGUUUCAGCACCUCCAGCAGUUGGUGUUGAUCUUCAUGCAGAGCAAAGGCUAGAAUGCUGCAACCAGUGCUUUAUUCAGAUGCAGAAGAUCCAGAAAAUUCUUCCAGCUCUUGUAAGGAAGGGUGGUUUGCUGGCAAAAUGUGCUCAGGAAUUGAAUCUAGUUCUUCAAGAGUAAUGUUAAUUCUGCCAUGCAAAUGAGUUUUUGCAAUUGUGGGGCGGCGGCUCAACUGACACCCAUUGAUGGGACUGCAUAUAAAAUACUACACUUCCAAAUGAAAUACAGUUUCUCAUGUCACAAUUUUUUCCCAAUGCUUUCCUACCUGUGUCAUCAUCCUUGGCGUUUGUCAGUAAAGAGCACUAAAGCUUAAUGCAACAUUUUAAGCCUGGUCUUCUUGUAGUGCAUAAUCUCCUAAUUUUGAUUCUUUAAUUCUGGAGAUUAUCGUUUGUAUCUUGGGUUCAAUUGUAUGUAAUUGUAAUCAUGUGCCAAUUCAAAAUUCAUCUGUAAUAUUCAGCUAUAUAUAUAUAUUUGUUCUCCAAACUGCAGCAGUUUAUUUAUGUAUUCAAAUUCUUUGUGAAUGGGAAA